GGAGCAAGGAGAUUUGUGACCCUGGAUUUUGGGAGACCUAUACUAUUGACAGAUGUACUUUUUCCCACUUGUGGGGACUUGGCUUCCUUAUCAAUUGACAUAUGGACAUUAGGAGAAGAAGUGGAUGGAAGGCGUUUGGUAGUGGCAACUGAUAUAAGUACCCAUUCACUAAUUCUUCAUGACUUAAUACCACCACCUGUGUGCAGGUUCAUGAAGAUAACUGUUAUUGGACGUUAUGGAAGCACAAAUGCCAGAGCAAAGAUCCCUUUAGGAUUUUACUAUGGGCAUACCUGUAUCUUACCUUGGGAAAGUGAACUGAAAUUGAUGCAUGAUCCUCUAAGAGGUGAAGGAGAAUCUGCUAACCGGCCAGAAACUGACCAGCAUUUAGCAAUGAUGGUUGCUUUGCAAGAAGACAUACAGUGCAGAUAUAACUUAGCCUGUCAUCGUCUGGAAGCUCUUGCAGAGUAUUGAUCUUCCUCCUCUCAACAGUGCGAAUAAUGCACAGUACUUUCUGCGAAAACCAGACAAAGCAGUUGAGGAAGACAGUAGAGUUUUUUCU